GAAGGAAGUGUGGGAGUGGUGGUUUUGAAGCUCUCCCUUUAAGAGGCAGCCUGCAGUGACGAAUUGUUGAAAUUGCCAUUGCAGGAUGGCAUUCCGCUAUAAAUUCAUUGUUCCACCUCCUCUCAUCUUCACAUUUCUCUCCCUUCUCCUCUUGUUCACAUCGGCAGACUGGGGAUAACAACAACAACAACAGAAAAAGAUAAAGGGAGGGGGCUCGCACAAAAAUCCGGGACGUUUUCCGCUUCUUCGGCUUUUUUUUUUUUUUUUUUUUUUUUUCCUCCUUUUUAACCAUCAUCUCACCGGAGACGAUCGAGACGGCUUUUGGUGUCUGAUUUUCUUCUUUCCCCUUCUCCUCCUUCUCUUCAAAACAAAAGGGGGCAAAGGAAAGAAAGGGAGCCACCGGAGCCUGAGAAAGUGCCGAGUCGCAGCAGACCUGCCCCCUGCCCCUGCCGCUGCCGCUGCUGCUGAUGGUGAUGAUCCAGUGACUACAGCGGAGAAGUGCAAGAGGAGUGGGAAGUGCUCAAACUUCUCCGCUUGCCGGCUCCGAAUCCCUCUCCUCCUUUUCCUCUCUCCCCCCCUCUGCCUGCCCAGCAGCAGCGAUUUGGGAUUUUUGCCUCUCUCUCUCCUUCCAUGUGCUCCCGGCUCUUCCCUGCAGAGAAACACAAAGUUCACACGCGAGCGGCUUUUGUUGACAUCCUUACCUCUCCCACCCACACUUGACUCGCGCUCGGGAGGGACAACUCUCCUCUUCUCUCUCUCUCCUCUCCCUCUCCCCCUCUCCCUCCUUCUCCCCCCGUUCCUGUUAUCACCACCGCUGCUCGCUCUGACGCCGCCGAGCCAGGCAUGCUGCGGGGGCUGCUCUCCCUGCUGCUGGCCGCCCAGCUGCACCUCGCCGCGGCCCAGCCAACGGCACCUGCCGCCGGAGACCGGCCGCCGCCGCCGCCGCCUCCCCCGUCCCUAGGCGGCCCUCCCCCGGAGCCGCCCCGCGGGGCCAGCGGCGUCGUGCGGCGCCUCGACCCGACCUACGCGGGGGGCGGCAGGGCGGGCUACGUCCUCUACGCCGGCGGCCGCCGCUUCCUCCUCGACCUGGAGCGCGACGAGGCGCUGGGGGCGCGGGACGGGGCGCCGGCUCGCUGCUCCUACCGCGGCACGGUGGACGGCAGCCCCCGCUCCCUCGCCGUCUUCAACCUCUGCGGCGGCCUCGACGGCUACUUCGCCGUGGGGCGCGCCCGCUACACCGUGAGGCCGGCGCGGCGCGGCGGGGAGGCGGCCGGCAUCUACGGGGAGGGCCCGGCCCGGGUCCCCCACCUCUUCCGCAGGGACCGCUUCAGUUUCCAGGCGCUGCCCGCCCGCCACAGCUGUGGCACCCGCGACGCCGUGGCGGUCGAGGGGGCUGCGGGGGGCGGCCGGAGGCGGCGGCGGCGCCGCUCCGUCUCCCGGGCCCGGCAGGUGGAGCUGCUGCUGGUGGCCGACGCCUCGAUGGCGCGCAAGUACGGCAAGGGGCUGCAGCACUACCUGCUCACCUUGGCCUCCAUCGCCUCCCGGCUCUACGCGCACGCCAGCCUGGAGAACCACGUGCGGCUGGCCGUUGUGAAGGUGGUGGUCCUGGGCGAGAAGGAGAAGGGGCUGGAGGUCAACAGGAACGCCGCCACCACCCUCAAGAACUUCUGCAAGUGGCAGCACCAGCACAACCGCCUCGACGACGACCACGACGAGCACUACGACGCCGCCAUCCUCUUCACACGCGAGGAUUUAUGUGGGCAUCAUUCAUGUGAUACUCUGGGAAUGGCAGACGUUGGGACCAUAUGCUCUCCUGAGCGCAGCUGUGCAGUGAUUGAAGAUGACGGCCUCCAUGCAGCUUUUACAGUGGCUCACGAAAUUGGCCACUUGCUUGGUCUUUCCCAUGAUGACUCCAAAUUUUGUGAGGAGAACUUUGGCUCCAUGGAAGAUAAGCGCCUAAUGUCCUCCAUUCUGACUAGCAUUGAUGCUUCCAAACCCUGGUCCAAAUGCACUUCAGCAACUAUAACAGAGUUUUUUGAUGAUGGUCAUGGUAACUGUUUGCUGGACCAACCAAAAAAGCAGAUCCUGGGCCCCGAGGAGCUUCCAGGGCAAACCUAUGAUGCCAUUCGUCAGUGCAAAUUGGCAUUUGGAUCCGAAUACACAGUGUGUCCUGGUAUGGAUGUGUGCUCUCGCCUGUGGUGUGCAGUUGUUCGUCAAGGUCAGAUGGUAUGUCUGACUAAGAAGCUGCCUGCUGUGGAAGGGACACCAUGUGGAAAAGGGAGGAUAUGCCUCCAGGGAAAAUGUGUUGACAAAACCAAGAAAAAAUACUACUCGGCAUCAAGCCAUGGUAACUGGGGAUCCUGGGGACCUUGGGGACAGUGCUCCCGUACCUGUGGUGGAGGCGUUCAGUUUGCGUAUCGUCACUGCAACAAUCCAGCUCCUAGAAACAACGGCCGGUACUGCACUGGCAAGAGGGCCAUCUAUCGCUCCUGCAAUGUCGCACCCUGCCCAGCAAAUGCUAAAUCUUUUCGACAAGAGCAGUGUGAAGCAAGGAAUGGUUAUCAGUCUGAUGCAAAGGGUGUCAAAACAUUUGUUGAAUGGGUCCCCAAGUAUGCUGGAGUGCUUCCUGGAGAUGUUUGCAAGCUCACCUGCCGAGCCAAAGGAACUGGCUAUUAUGUGGUAUUUUCUCAAAAGGUAACUGAUGGUACUGAAUGUCGACCAUACAGUAAUUCGGUCUGCGUCCGGGGAAAAUGCAUCCGAACUGGUUGUGAUGGCAUCAUCGGUUCAAAGCUCCAGUAUGAUAAAUGUGGGGUGUGUGGAGGAGACAAUUCCAGCUGCACAAAGGUCAUGGGAACCUUUACCAAAAAGAGUAAGGGCUACACAGAUAUAGUGAAAAUCCCAGAAGGGGCAACUCACAUCAAAGUUCGGCAAUUCAAGACUAAGGACCAGAGCAGGUUUACUGCCUACCUGGCCCUGAAAAAGAAAAACGGUGAGUACCUUGUCAAUGGAAAAUAUAUGAUCUCCACUUCAGAAACAAUCAUUGACAUCAAUGGGACUGUCAUGAACUAUAGUGGCUGGAGUCACAAAGAUGAUUUCUUGCAUGCGAUGGGACACUCUGCGACAAAAGAGGUUCUUAUUGUGCAGAUACUUGCGACUGACCCAACUCAACCCGUUGAUGUCCGUUAUAGUUUCUUCGUGCCAAAGAAGCAAGGGCAAAUGACUAACUCUGUCACCAGCAGUGGCAGCAACAGCAAAGUAACUCCACAGCUCAUGCAACCCCGGUGGGUUACGGGGCCGUGGCUUUCUUGUUCUCGAACAUGUGACACAGGAUGGCACACCAGGACUGUCCAGUGCAAAGACGGGCAUGGAAAACUAGCUAAAGGAUGUCUUCUCUCUCAGAGACCGUCAGCAUUUAAACAGUGCUUGUUGAAAAAGUGUUAACCUGUGGUUGUGAUCUUCUUUAAAAGAGGUUUGAUGAAGCCAUUGUUGACAUACUGGUAUUAGGUCUGCCCAGACAGAGAGAAGCAAAGGCUUCGAUGUACUUACAUAUAGUCUCAAAUUAUGGGCAGAAUCUGCCUAUUUGGACCAAAUGAAGAUGUGCACUGCUUUAAAAAAUAGUAGGGUGGUCUUAAUAUGUCAAAAAACCUAAGCAUCAAAGUUGUUAUAAGCCCUCUGUGUCUGCAAAAAUAUAAAUUAAAAUAAUAAAAAAGAAGAAAAACUAGUGAAUGGAGGAUCCUGGGAUAUUUGAAGGUUACAGAAUCAUCUCCCCCUUUUUCACCUACCUCUAAUACAGUAUGUCCUUAGAAAAUGUCACAUGUACCCAUGAUACCACAGUAGCUUAUUUUAUACUGUUUUGUAAAUAUAUUUGAUUUGGUAUGUCACUUUAUAUCACUUGGUUCUAUUAAAAAGAAAUCAAAAGACAAAGUAUAUAAGCAAAGUGAUUGACCAAAGUAUAUCUGCAGCCCUGUGGAUUUGGUCCAGUCUUCAGAAAUGGCUGCAGAUGUUUUACUGGAAAAUGAAGAGCUUGCUGCUGGUUUUAAAAAGUAAUACCUUUUGGUUUUGACAAAAGGAAAUGCAUUUUUGUUCCAGGAAUUUCCUGACAGCAGAUCAUAAUUCUGACAAACACUGUGUUUCCACCAAUAAAUUCUCAAAAGGAGCAUUGCAGCAGUUCACAGACCAGGGAUCCCCACAACUACAUUGCUCAAAUACCAGCACCAUCAGCAGCUCCUUACUAUGUUUAUGUCAGACACACAUAGCAGGAGGAUUUGGCUGCUAGAAAGAAUGUGUGUACCUUCGACUUCGUAAACCUUCCAUUAGCUCCAGCUGUGUCACAGCACGGGGUCCUUCUUGUCGAUGAACAAUAGCUGCUAGUUCCUUCUAUCCAUAAAACAAAGGCAUACUGUAUUUUGUAGAACUAGUUAGAGAACCAAAAAUUACAGGUAAAAUAAACAAGUGUCUUCUAACUCAGAUAUUCUGAGGCUGUAUACAACUGCUUUCUCUGUUAUUUUCUCUAUGGCUUCCACCUGGAAUCUAACAAUGUGUAAUGUACCUACAUCUUUUGAAGAGGCUAUAAAGGUCAAAAAA